CUCCGUUUUAUAUUUAGAAAUCCGGCGAGACGCGAUAACAUUUCACACUUUGGACAGCACGGUUUUGAUGACAGUAAAAACAAUCUCACUCAUGAAACCACACUGCAGAGCCAAAGGAGUACGCUGACUUUUGUAUGCAUUUGGUGCUCCCCCUUUUUCUGCUUUUCCUCCUUUCCCUCUAGGAUCUAGUCGGAUCCAGUCUAGGUGAAGCGGAAUUCUUGGUGCGAGAUAAUCGGCAGAUGAUGUGAGUUAAUCAGGCGGAGAUGCGGGGGGACAAACUCAGACGCGCUCGACAGGUUAGCAACAAGUGAUCAAGAGGAGGACGACACGGAGGACACAGACAAAAUAAAGGAAGUAGCGGGAGGGACAGGCGGAAAGUAACCGGAGAAGGAAGGAGAUAAAGCAGCUCCUUGGUUCUCGGUAUGGACACGGGGCAGAGCGCACAGGUCACCGACAUGGGAGGAGAGCACUCCGCCGGGGUGAGCGCGGUGGAGCGGGAAAGGGAACGGGAGAGGGGCGAUGUGUCCAGCCCCUGUCCACCGGCCAAGCAGCGCUCCUUGCGGGUGGUGUACGUUCUGAACGACGGUCUGAAGUCGGUGAUGGCCAGCAGCCCGGAGUCCGGAGCGCUGCAGUGUUUGCAGAGAGCCUGCGACUCGGAGAGUGCGCUACUCACCACGGUUACCUUUGGCCGGCUGGACUUUGGAGAAACAUCCGUGCUCGAUAGUUUCUACGAUGCAGACAUCGCGGUUGUGGACAUGAGCGAUGUGGGUCGGCAGCCCUCCUUGUUUUAUCAUCUUGGUGUGAGGGAGAGCUUUGACAUGGCCAACAACGUCAUCCUGUAUAACGACACUGACCCGGACACUGCCCAAUCACUGAAGGACAUGGUUGCACAAAAAAACACAAAGGCCAGCCGUUCUCCAGCAUUAGGCUUUUCCUGGGUUCAGUUGCCACCAGAAUACAGAGGCUCUGGACUGUGCAAUAAAGCAUCCAGUGGUAACUACUACUUCAUCCCCUACAUAGUGACUCCUAACCAUGAAUACAUGUGCUGUGAGAGUGAUGCCCAGCGCAGGGCCAGUGAGUACAUGCAGCCCAGCUGGGACAACCUGCUGGGGCCGCUCUGCGUCCCCCUGACUGACCGCUUCACCAGCCUGCUGAAGGACAUCCACGUCACAUCCUGUGCUUCAUUUAAGGACACCCUGCUAAAUGACAUCAGGAAGGCCAGAGAGAAAUACCAGGGAGAGGAGCUGGCCAAGGAGCUUUCUCGCAUCAAACUCCGAAUUGACAACACUGAAGUACUCACCCAGGACAUCGUGAUGAACUUGCUCUUUUCUUACAGAGACAUACAGGACUAUGAUGCUAUGGUGAAGCUGGUGGAGACUCUAGAGAUGCUGCCGACCUGUGAUCUGGCCACCCAGCCCAUGAUCCAGUUCCACUAUGCCUUUGCCCUUAACAGGAGGAACACUCCUGGUGACAGGGAGCAGGCUCUCACAGUGAUGCUGCAGGUUUUGGAGUCGUGUGAACAUCCAGCACCGGACAUGUUCUGCCUCUGUGGACGGAUAUACAAAGAUAUAUUGGACUCAGACUGCAAAGACACUAUAAACAGGGACAAUGCUAUACAGUGGUACAGAAAGGGUUUUGAGCUGCAGCCAACUCUCUACUCUGGCAUCAACCUUGCUGUUCUCCUCAUAGUCGCGGGCCAACAGUUUGAGAGCUCCAUUGAACUGAGAAAAAUAGGUGUGCGACUGAACAGUCUGCUGGGUAGGAAAGGUUCCCUGGAGAAAAUGAAUAACUACUGGGACGUGGGCCAGUUCUUCACUGUUAGCAUGCUAGCUAGCGACAUCCCUAAAGCUACUCAGGCCGCAGAGAAGCUCUUCAAACUCAAGCCGCCUCUCUGGUAUUUGCGCUCUGUGGUGCAGAACCUGCAGCUGAUCCAGAGGUUUAAGAAGCAGACAGUGGAACACUCUCCUCAGCGAGAAAGACUCAACUUCUGGAUGGACAUCAUAGUGGAGGCAACGCAGGGCACCACCAAUCGACUGCGGUUUCCAGUGUUGAUUCUAGAGCCAACUAAGGUUUACCAGCCUUCCUAUGUGUCCAUCAACAAUGAGGCAGAAGAGAAAAAUGUCUCUAUCUGGCAUGUUUCUCCUGCUGAAACGAAGGGGAUCCAUGAGUGGACGUUCACUGCAAUGUCCAUUAAAGGCAUAAGCAUCAGUAAGUUUGAUGAGCGCUGCUGCUUCCUCUACGUCCAUGAUAAUUCAGACGACUUCCAGAUCUACUUCUCUACUGAGGAGCAGUGCGGUCGGUUCUGCUCCAUGGUGAAAGAGAUGAUAUCAGAUGGUACAGGGAAUGCGGCGGAGCUGGAGGGGGAAGGAGACGGAGACACACUGGAGUAUGAAUAUGACACCGAUGAGACAGGGGACAGGGUGGUGUUGGGGCGUGGCACCUAUGGAGUGGUGUAUGCUGGGAGAGACGUCAGCAACCAGGUCCGAAUCGCCAUCAAAGAGAUCCCUGAGAGAGACAGCAGGUACUCCCAGCCCCUUCAUGAAGAGAUUGCCCUUCACAAAUACCUGAAACAUAGGAACAUUGUUCAGUAUUUGGGCUCCGUUUCUGAAAAUGGGUACAUCAAGAUCUUCAUGGAGCAAGUGCCUGGAGGAAGCCUGUCUGCCUUGCUGCGGUCUAAAUGGGGUCCACUGAAGGAGGCGACUAUAAUCUUCUACACUAGACAGAUCCUGGAGGGUCUCCGAUACCUGCACGAGAACCAGAUCGUCCACCGAGAUAUUAAGGGUGAUAAUGUGUUGGUGAACACCUACAGUGGUGUCUUGAAAAUCUCAGACUUUGGUACAUCAAAGCGGUUGGCAGGAGUCAACCCCUGUACUGAGACAUUCACCGGUACUUUGCAGUACAUGGCUCCAGAAAUCAUUGAUAAGGGCCCUCGAGGGUAUGGGGCCCCGGCUGAUAUCUGGUCUCUUGGAUGCACCAUAAUAGAAAUGGCCACUGGGAAACCGCCCUUUCAUGAGCUGGGAGAACCACAGGCGGCCAUGUUUAAGGUUGGCAUGUUUAAGAUCCACCCAGAGAUUCCUGAGUCCUUGUCACUGGAGGCCAAGUCGUUUAUUUUGCGCUGCUUUGAGCCUGACCCUAAUAAAAGAGCCAUCACCUCGGACCUGCUCAGAGAAACUUUUGUCAGACACAACGCAAAGGGCAAGAAGAGCAAGAUCGCUUUCAAACCAUUAGACUACAUCCACAACGUCUCACUGCCGGUGCAGUUGCAGUGCGAGGCCACCGGGAGCAGCAGCAGCGAACAUGGUUCCGUGAGCCCUGACUGCGACUCAAAGCAUGAUGUUUUCUUUGAUAAGAAGAAGAGCUCUGGCUCUGAGAACCUGCUCAAACCACCUAACUCCAACUACUUAAGUGUCCCAGAUGAAGGUUCUGUCUCAGAGGAUCGCAGUGCCCCCCCUUCCCCUGAGGACAGGGACAGCGGUCUGUUCCUGCUCAAGAAGGACAGCGAGAGACGGUCCAUUCUGUUCAAGGUCCUCAAUGACGACCAGGCAAAAGUAAUCUCCAACCUCAGGGAGAACCACAUGCAGGGCAGCGAGGAGCUCCAACUGUCUGUGGAACACAUAAAGCAGAUCAUAUGCAUCCUUCGAGACUUCAUCCAUUCCCCGGAGAGGCGUGUCAUGGCAGCCACCAUCUCCAAGCUCAAGCUGGACCUGGACUUCGACUCCACCUCCAUCAACCAGAUUCAACUGGUGCUCUUUGGCUUCCAGGACUCGGUUAACAAAGUCUUAAGGAACCAUCACAUUAAACCCCACUGGAUGUUUGCUAUGGAUAACAUCAUCCGCCGAGCUGUGCAGGCUGCAAUAACCAUCCUCAUACCAGAGCUGCAGACCCACUUCGGUCCAGCGUCAGAGUGCGAGGGAGCAGAGAAGGAAGAUGAAGUGGAUGAAGAGGAAGCAGAGUUUGUUACCGUUUUAGCUUCUCAAACUGAGGACCACGGGACGACAGCUGACCCCACACACUCCGCAGCCAGCACUAUAAACUCCACUCCCUCCCUGGAGCAUCAGCGCUCGCAUUAUCAGCUGGGUGCACAGCUCGGCCGGCUCAAACAGGAGACCAACCGGCUGCUGGAUGAGCUGCUGCAGAAGGAGAAGGAGUACCAGCAGGUCCUGAAGGCCACACUGCAGCAGAGAGCACACGACCUGGAGAUGGUCAGAGUCCGACACAGACCACCAGACAUUUCACCUCCCUCCAUAUUCCACAUCCCAGCGGACCACGAGCCGGACAAGGAGCUCACUGAUUGGCUGAAAGAGCAGGGGGCAGACGCCGACACCAUAGAUAAGUUUGUGCUGGAAGAAUACACACUGACCGACAUUCUCAAUGACGUUUCCAAAGAGGACCUCCACUGUCUACGUCUACGAGGUGGAAUCCUCUGCCGCAUCUGGCGGGCCAUCCAGCGGCAUAGGGAGCGAGAGAGGCUGAGGGGCGACGAACGCUCGGAGGAUGACGCAUGAUGGGAUACACAGACUACAACUAUCGAGAACUGUUUGGCAGAAACAGGCACACAUCAGCACACUACCAGUCCGGCUUGCAUUCUGUCCUUUCUUUCUUUCUCUUUCCCCAAUGCCUUAUCAUGUUGUAGUCUGUAGGUCGUAUGAACUGAAUCUUAGUUUGUCUGUACAUCUCUAUAGUCACAGACUUGACCAGACCAAAGCGCUUUAGUGCCUGCAGUACUCUAUGUAUCUGUACAAGCACUUAAAUAUGUAUCUGUGCCACAAUGUGUUUGUGCUUGAGAAUUUUGAGAAGAAAAUGCAUCAUAGCGCCCCACAGUUGACUAUUAAAGUUUUGAGUUCAGAUUCUUCACAGAGAAUCAGAAUGCCCAUAAAAACCUUUUAAGCUGCUUAUGUGGCAUAAUAUAUUCAGUGUGAUCCAAUGAAAGUCUCGAUACAGAAACCCAAUUCAACAUGUCACUUUGUUUCAGUCUCACCCCUCCCGAUUUCUGUUGGCUUCUCUUGUUCUUCUAUGCGUCAUAACAGCUCUAGCCUUCGUCUAGGCAUACAGUUGGACAAAAGAUAAACCAUCAUGCUGCAGGACUGGAUUCACACACAUUCUGUUUUAAAUAAUGAUUCCAAUUACAGCCAGUGUUGUCUGGUAAGAACCACACACUUAGAAUUUUAACAACCACAUCUCUAAGGUCACAUAAUCAUCAAUGAUACAACAUGUACGCAAAUUCAAUCCAGAUAAAACCAUUUGCUUCUUUUCCUGCCUUCAGAAUGAUCUGUCAGUACGGAAUCAUUAUGUAAAACAAGAAUAAGGGCUCAAAAUAUUCUAGUUUUAGGUGGAAUACUUUAAUGUUUCAGUGGAUAAUUGUUCCAAUACUGUGCAAAGAUGGAAUAAACAUGCUAAUUCUAUCUGCUUUUCCUCUUCUGUAAAACCCUAUUUAAUGUUCUUCUUUCUGAGUACCCCUAUUUAAAUGUUUUUUAUUCCAGCUCUAAUGUGUAUGUGCUUGUGUAUUUCAAUGAAUACCUUAAAACUACAAUAAACCUGAAAGAAAUACAAA